AUGGCAGCAGAAGCGGUCAAAGACGGAGUACGACAGUUUACCGCUGGAGGUUCAGCAGGCUUGGUCGAGGUAUGUCUAAUGCAUCCAUUGGAUUUAAUCAAGACACGUCUGCAAGUUGCUCAACAUGACAGAGGAAUGAUGGAUUGUGUGCUAAAAACCUUCAGAAACGAGGGCUUUCUAGGAUUUUAUAAGGGAAUUUUACCGCCGAUUCUUGCUGAGACACCAAAACGUGCUACGAAAUUUUUCACCUUUGAGCAGUACAAGAAGAUAUUCAGCCAUCCAAGUGUUUCUCCGGCAAUCGUAAUUUCAUUGUCAAUGGCGGGAUUGUUCUGUGGUUUUACAGAGGCGAUUGUCAUCUGUCCGUUUGAAGUUGUCAAAGUAAGGCUCCAGUCCGAGCGAGGAGUAUCGUUGAUGCAGCAAAAGUCUACUGCAGCAGUGGCUAGAGAGAUUAUAAAAACAGACGGCCUGGGAUUGAAUGGACUCUACAGAGGAUUAAGUGCAACACUAGGCCGUCAUGGAGUGUGGAAUAUGUUCUACUUUGGUCUCUAUCACAAUCUGAAAACGUUCAUUCCAGACUCAAAGAAAUCACCUUCUAAAAACUUGGCAGGUCGCAUUGUAUUAGGUUUCGCAGCAGGUUCAAUAGCGUCCAUAGUGAACAUCCCCUUCGACGUGGCAAAGUCCCGUAUCCAAGGUCCUCAACCUGAUCCAGCUGUGAGGAAAUAUAAAGGAACCAUACAAACAUUUGAAUUAGUCUAUAAAGAAGAAGGCCUCGGAGCACUUUACAAGGGUCUCCUGCCGAAGGUGAUGCGUCUCGGACCAGGUGGUGCCAUUAUGUUAAUCGUCUACGAACAGGUGUACGACUGGCUGAAGAUUCAUACAUAA